AUGGCUUCAAGUUCUCGCAGGAGUAACACUUCUUCUCGCGCCCCGCAGCUUCACAAGGGCGGCGCAUGCCUUAACUGCAGGCACCGGAAGAUUAGGUGCGAUGGAAGACAGCCAAAAUGCGGGCAAUGCGCGGCUUCUACAAUUUUCCACGAAUGCGAGUAUUACGGUCAAGGAAUGACGAAGACGCGUAUGCUAGAAGAACAGAUAUCCACAGUCGAACGACGUAUUCGCGAACUUGAGAAUGCCCGACAAGCAAGUCCUGGAUCGCCUAUAAUUUUGACACAACCAUACAAUACUCUCCAGCCGUCGCAGGGCAAUUCUCGCAAUGAACAACCCAAGAAUAUGCCUGUUCAAGUUCACCAAGUUAUGUGGACAUUCCUUCGUCAUUGCGCGGAACUUGGAUUCUUCCUCUACAUUCCCCAUUUUGUCCAGUCGGCAACUAGCAGCAACCUUGUCGAACGACCUGUUGCUGCUCUACUCAGUGCCGCAUACCUAUGGGGGAUCCAUCUCUCCCCUUCCCCAGACAUCGUGGCGUGGGAAGGUCUCUUUCUUGCUCAAGCUGUAAAUCUUGCGUCUCAAGGACUAGCAAACUGUCCUUCUCAUCCUUACGGUGUUAUUCAAUGCAUCCAGGCCGAGGUACUUCUAGCUCAGUAUUUCUUCCGGAAUUUGAAGAUGCUCGAGGGAAAAUAUCACACCAGCGCUGCAGUCUCCCUCGUGCUUAGCUCUGGGCUGCACAAGAUCAGGUCUCAGAGCGGAGGCAGCGGGUCUAUCCUCAGAGAAGCACGUGACGCUAUUGAGGAAGGGGAGAGACUCAAUGGUCUCUGGACUGUCGUGAUCUUAAAUAACUCUUGGACCGCUGUAGAUGGAUCUCCUUCCAACCUAUCUGAAGAAGACUCGACAAGAAUCGACGCGCCUUGGCCUUUGGAUAUAAAUGAUUAUUCCAAGCUCCCUCAUCCUUUAGACAGAACCAGUCAUACUAUCCACAGAUUCAUGCGGGGUGAAGCUGACGCAGGGACAUCCAUUCUCGCACUGCACACUAAGGCGUCAAUUUUAUUUGAGCAAGCUUCGCUUUUCAAAUCAAAGCUGCAUCCUGGAAUGAAUAGCACGCAAGUUAAUCACUUCAAGGCAACUUUUACUUCGUUUUCCAACGUCCUGGAACGCUUCAUUGAAAGGCUGCCCACUCUUCAAGCCAUGCUGGCGCUAAGCACGCCAGCUACCGCCAUAAUGAUUCACACCUUGGUUCAUGCCACUGUGAUCACUCUUCAUUUGCCUGUCAUAUCCUUGAACCCCAAUUCUGUGGAAAGAAUGGACAAGGCAGCUCUCGCUAUAACGCAAGUUUUGAGCGCAAUGAAUAUCACUGAGUUUCCUUUCCUCGACGCGAUUCUUGGUGUCUUGUGGUCAGCCGCUUGUAGAUUCUUGAUCGGCCGAGUAUCGUCAGUCCCUCAACCUCAGCAGGCUAUUACACAACAGCUACUACAGAUGGUCAUAGGUGCUUUGACGGUGGUUUCACCUACAUCGGCUUUCGUGGAUUACGAAUUGAGGAAAUUGCGCGGAAACUGA